UAGAGUCUUCCCUUUUCAUCUACCGGUACACGUUUGCAUUCUUCUGUUGUGAUGUUAUAUUCAAAUCCAGAGAAGCAAUAGAGCAGUUGACAUGUGCUAGUGAGUGGGUCAAAGGCUUCAUUUGUAGCGCAUGACAAAGCAACCACCUCUUGGUCGUUUUCAAUGAAGUUAAAGUAUUCUGCAAAUGGAGGAAUACCAGUCUGUAUCGCGAAUUUAUAAUCAACUGAUUUGCACAAAUCAAGAUAGUUUCCACACACGUCGAUUCCGUUACAAUACGCACAGUUUAUAUUCUGGUAAAUGGUCCCAUUAUGUUCUACAGGUGCAAGAUAAGAUGGACAUUUCAUAUGUUCUAUGGAACAUGAGGUCACAUCGACGAGAAAACAAGGCCGAGGCUAAUCAACUCACUGAAAAGCAAAUUGCAGAUUUCAAGCAGACUUUCUUCCUUUUUGACAAGGAUGGUGAUGGCAAAAUCACAACCAAGGAAUUGGGUACUAUGAUGAAAUCACUUGGUGAGAACACUACUGAGGCUGGGCUUAAAGACAUGCUCAAAGAAGUGGAUGCUGAUGAAAAUGGAACGAUGGAAUGCCAAGAAUUCCUCACAAUGAUGGCAAUGAAAUUGAAGGAAAAUGAGGAAAUCACGAAUGAAUUCCGGAAAUUUGACAAGGACGGCAAUGGCUUCAUCGGUGCUGCAGAACUGAAAACCGUGAUGAAGAGUUUUGGAGUGCCGCUGACAGACAAAGAGGUCGCUAAAAUAUUCAAGGAAGCAGAUAAAAAUGGCGAUGGGAAAGUCAAUUAUGAAGAAUACAAAAAAUGGAUGGCGACCUCAUAAAAAGAAUUGGCGACAUAACUCUCUUCGGAAAACUGAGUGAUCAAGAGGGUGCGGUGCAAGUGCAGGUGCAGUGAGCAGUUGCAUGAUAAAGACUAAAAUAAGUCACGGUUUUGUUAUACUAAUUUAAAGAGAGGGGAGCAUAUGAUUGUAUUAUUUGUCGUUUAA